AUGAACAACAACUACACAUAUGAAACGGAAGAUGAAGAAGACGAAGACGAAGAAUCAGUGGAAGACGAAGAAGACGAUGAAUCACUGGAAGAUGAAGAAGAAGAAUCUCUGGAAGACGAAGAAGACGAUGAAUCACUGGAAGACGACGAAGACGAUGAAUCACUGGAAGAUGAAGAAGAAGAACCUCUCGAAGAGGAAGAAGACGAUGAAUCUCUGGAAGACGAAGAAGACGAUGAAUCACUGGAAGAUGAAAAAGAAGAAUCUCUGGAAGACGAAGAAGACGAUGAAUCACUGGAAGAUGAAGAAGAAGAAUCUCUAGAAGAAUGCACCACAUCACGAAAGAGAAGCCGCUUCACUACUUUGACCAAGUCAAACAUCAAGAAGCUCCAAAAAACUAAAAUCAAUGAGGUAUCAUCUAAUCUUUCGAUAACAAAAUCCGAGGCGUGCCUUUUGCUAAUCCACCAUGGUUGGAGCGCCACGAAGGUCGACGAGGCCUGGUUCGACGACAAAGAAAGAGUUCGGAAACUUGUUGGAUUGCUCAAACACAACACCGGAGAGAUCGUAACAACCCAAACUUGUGAGAUAUGUUUUGAUAAUACGGUUUGCUUGGAGAAGAAGUUGAAAUCCGCCAAGUGUGGCCACGCAUACUGCGUCGAUUGUUGGAAGCUCUACAUCAAUGAGAAGAUCAAAGAAGGUCCUCAUGAGUGCCUCAAACCCAUGAGAUGCCCUCAUCCAUCUUGUGAGGCUUCUUUGGAGAUUAACAUGAUUCGGCGAUUCGCUAGCCAGCAAAACAGGAAGAUGUACGAUCGUUUCUUGUUACGAUCUUAUGUCGAAACAAGAAAGAAUAUAAAGUGGUGUCCAAGGCCUGAUUGCGAUCUUGCUGUUAGGUACAAAUCAGAUGGAAAUUAUGUUAACAAAUAUGUUGAAGUAAGUUGCAGGAAUGGGCAUAGGUUUUGCUGGGGAUGCGGCGAAGAUGCUCAUAGACCCGUGAGUUGUGAAAUGAUGGCUAAGAAGAACCAAGAAAGUGGUGAUUCUAAGAGCUUGCGUUGGAUCUCUACUUUCACCAAGAAAUGCCCUAGUUGUAAGCAACCCAUUGAGAGGAACGGGGGUUGCAUGCACGUAACAUGCACUGUUUGCAGCUACCAAUUUUGCUGGCUAUGUCUUUCUGAUUGGUUUCUGUGUUCCGCCCGUUGCAACCGUUUCUAG